AUGAUCGCUGCAAUACGUAAGCACAUGAAGAUAAUUCAAGAACAGCUUCAAUCUUUUAGUUUCUAUCGUCACAACCAACGUUAUAUUCGCAAAUUAACUGAUACUUCAGCAGAAUUUCUUUGGUUUCAUGUUUUUAAAGAUGUUGUUAUUCGAUUGCCACAUGAUGUUCAUGCCAAACAAGAGAUGUUGGAUGCAUCAAGACAUUAUUAUCGUAAUAACAUUCAAGAAUUAAAACGUAUUGAUGAGUUUGAACGAAUGUAUCAAUCGGAAGAGGCUAUUAAAUGGUACACGAAAAAUUCUUUUGUCUAUCGUUUAAUUAACAAAGCCUUAAGAACGGAAGAUGUAGAACAAAUGUACACAUUUCGAUACUUUAUUCAAGAUUUAUAUUCGGCACUUGUUGUCAAACAUAAAGUUUUUAAAGAAUAUGGUGAACCGAUUACAGUGUAUCGUGGUCUUCGACUGACUCAAUAUGAAUUCAAUGAACUUACAAAGGAUGAAAAACAAUUAGUAUCUAUGAAUGGUUAUCUAUCGACAAGUCUUACUCGAAGAGUAGCCGAAAUCUAUGCAGGAGAACCAACAUCAAUGUCUGAUAAAUUAUCAAUCUUGCUCGAAAUCGACUGUGACGUAGAAAAAUUAGGUGAUACAGUCAUUUUUGCAGAUAUUUCAUCAGAAAGUAAUUUUCGCGAUGAAAAUGAAAUUCUCUUCGACAUUGGUGCAACAUUUCAAUUGACGGCUACACCGAAACAAAAUGAUAAUGGCGUAUGGAAUUUGACAAUGAUUGCUACUGAUGAAGGUCGAACAAUUGUACGCAAAUAUAUCGAUGAUCAUCUCGAAUUUAGCAGAGAUAUGAGCGCAAAAAUCAUGUUUGGUGUAUUGUUAUAUAGCAUGGGAAAAUACGAUUCGUCUCUAUCAUACUUUAAUAAGCUAAUUGAAAAUCCUGAAGGCGAAGACAUUGCUUUGAUUCACGUACAUAUAGCGAGAGCAUUGGACAUACGGGGUGAUAAGAACAAUGAAUGGAAACAUUAUGAAUAUGCAUAUAAAAUAAUCACAGAAACCGAAUCAAAACGUUUCGAAGAUGAAGCUCGUGUCCUUCUUCAUAUGGGUAUUUUUUGUUUUGAUAGAGAUGAAAACGAUCGAGCACUAGAAUAUUUGACGCGUGCUCUUCACGUAUUCGAACAAGUUUAUGGUGACACGGGUGCGGAAGUAGCUCGAGCUUUACUUUGCAUCGGAGGAUGUUAUGAGCAAAAAGGUGACUAUGAUCGAGCUAUAGAAUUCAAUACGAGAGCAUUGAAAAUACAUGAAGAAUGCGCAAAUCCAAAUCAUUUAAUACAAUGUCAAGUACUUAUUGCACUUGGUAAUACUUAUCGUUUACAAUGUAAAUAUGAAGAUGCAUUAGUUCAAUUUCAACGUGCGUUAGAUAUAAGAACUCGAACUUUACCCGAGUACCAUUCUGAUAUUGCUGAUUGCUUAUCAUUGAUAGGAAAAACUUUAGGUGACAUGGAUAAUCCAAGUGAAGCAGUCAUGUAUUCGAUGCGUGCAUUACACAUGUAUGAUAAAACAUUACCAGAGACAGAGUUAAAUGAAAAGAGUUCUGUACUGGUCGAUAUUGGCAUCGGAUUUUCUGCUGUUGGUGCUGAUCAACUUGGAAUUGAUUAUUUUCAUCGGUCGCUUGCCAUGAAAAGGAAAUGUCUACCGCGAAAUCAUCCUGAUUUUGCCACUAUAUUUGAAAAUAUAGCUCUCAAUUACAGUCAUUUGAAUAAACAUAUGCUAGGAUUAAGAUAUUCAUUGAAAGCAUGUCGUCUACGAAAACGAAUACAAACAUCGAAUCAUCCAGAUAUGGUUGGAACAUUGAAAGUUUUGGCGUUGGUAUAUACAAAAAUGGGUUGUUAUAGGAGAGCAAUGCAUUAUCUUAUGCGAGCAAAGAGUAUAUUAAAGAGAGCAGCACCAAACGAAGAUCCUAAAUAG